AUGUGACUUGCUUGAUGUACCCUGUGCAGCUCAUCUGGACACUGCCCAUACAGAGUAGGAACUUGGCCCAGUGCAGAGCUCUAACAUGAAGGUCUUUGUUUUGCUUAUGAUCACCGCAGCAUUUGCCCCUGACAGCUGGGCAUUAGAUAGGUGCAGUGUGGUGAGGGCGAUUAGAAAUGGGGGAGUUAUUGGCAUCAAAGGAUAUACCACGGGGGACUAUGUGUGCUUAGCUUAUCAAGCCAGCCGCUAUGACACUUACCUCAAUCGAAGUCCAACAGAGUAUGGCAUCUUCCAGAUCAACAGCUACUGGUGGUGCGAUGAUGGUAGAACCGUAGGGCGCAAGAACCUCUGUGGAAUGUCUUGUAGAAAUUUACUGAACAGUAACAUUGAGGAUGAUGUGAGGUGUCUUAAAAGGAUUGUGAGAGACCCCAAUGGACUCAGUGCUUGGAGCGUUUGGAGCAGAUACUGUAAAGGAAGAGACCUAAGCUCAUACACAAGAGGAUGCUAAAUAUUUCAUUGUGGGUGGGUGUUCGUACAGUUACCAAAUCAGUCACAACGUUUUUGUGUCUCCUCAAACCUCUCACCCAAGAAAUAAUCCCAAAUUCUAUACUACUGUGUAAGUUUCGCAAAUAAACUUUACUUACGCAUUA